CAGGAGGGAAAUAGGUCAUUUUUAAUACAGUCCUAAUCGAUAGAAAAAGUUUCUGCUUCCAACCUCGCGAUAUCGACUUGGCAUUGUCGGAGUUAAGACGAGAAUAGCAUAUGCAGGAGAAGCGCCGGUUACAGCGAGGGGGACCAUGACUCCAUGUGUUGUUGACAUGGAUGCAGCCGGUGAAAGUCAAACCGAUCUGAGUUAGCCAUUUUACCUGAUGAGGGCCCUGGCGAGGAAGUGAAACUUAUGGGAUGUGCUAGUUCGCUGAACAGAGAUGUCAUACGAGUCAGUAAAGACUGGAAGAGAAAAAAUGGCCAGCCUGUUGCGUAUCACUCGAGGGAGACAAGAAUUUUGCAGGAAGAGGAAGUGGACGUAUGCCUAAAUGACGAGUACGACGUCAUCGAGAGCGACUGGAUCGAAUGGCCCGAGGAUUAUCAGAUGCUGGAGGAAAAGGGCGCCUGGGUGAAGGGCGUAUCUAGCGGAGGUUCGCGCAACGAUCUUGAACAAUUUUCUACGAAUCCCCAGUUCUCAUUGAACGUCGGCCCUCCUGAACUUGUAGCCGAGAGCAUGAACUUCGACCCUUAUACAAGUUAUUUCAAGGACGCGACCGAAGAGAAGAAAAUCAAGCUGUGCGUCUCUCUGACCCAACAUGGGCCCAAACUUCUUCACGUGGCGUUUUUCAUCUACAAGAAGGAAAGCUGGCCCGGCGAACGUCUCGGUGCGGAAUUCUUCCUCGUCGUCGAGCCUGAAGGUGACACGGGGGCUUUCGUCAACUGGAGACAACUCAAGCACGAAUACAGCCUCCUGCCAGGGGCUUAUGUCAUCGUGACGGCCAACUUCACCCCCGGGUCCGAGGGCGAGUUCGCGGUCGCCGUCCGAGGCCCGAAGCCUUUCACCCUGACCAAAAUUCCCCAAGACCAAGAUUUUAUCUGACCCGAUGGAUCUACAGUACCUAAUAAAAAAUAAUAAACAGUUUAGUUAUUAUAUGCAAAAUUAGUAAAGAACAAAAAGAUACCAGUCCUACAGACUAAAGCUUGUUAGUCUCUCAGUCUGAUAAAUUCCUAGAUCCUAAUUAUCACUGAUAAAUUCAUGUUCAAAUAUGCUUAAUAAUCGAAAAAUUAUUUAAUUGAAUUACGUCUAGCAGACUUCUGGGCAAAGAACUGUCAUUCUGGACAAUGAACCAAGUCUGAAAGAACCAACUUUGGUAAUUAAUUGGGUCAGUCUUCAUUCGCGGGUUUGUUGAGCUAUUCUUAAUUAUUAUCUUCAGGGAAUAACUGCGAGUGAAGACGGACCCAAUUAAAGAUCCAAUGCCUGUUCAGCAUGAGUUCACCGACUCGCAGAUCAACACCCAGCAUCAAGUCGGAAAGAACUUUUCGGAAAAGAAAGUCGGAAAAUCGCAAAGGAUCUUUUUUUGCCAAUUUUCGACAACCAAAUGUACUGUCAGUUAAAUAUUUUACAAAUUAAUAAAAGAAAGUAUAAUUAAAAAUAUAUGAAAAUUUCAACUUGGAAAGACGCACCUUGGCACUAUCUGUUGGACAGAGGCGGCAAUAAACGCAGCGUCGGCAUGAAGGGCAAAUCUGCCAUUUUGAAAAGACAACAGCUGAAAAAAUACAUGUUCAUAAACAAUAAAACAACAAUUAUAGUAAAUAUGGAUUAAUGAAGCUAAACAUAAUCUAACUUAAGUAUUGUAAACUAAAAGCCCACAUAAAAUUAGUGUAUUUUUGUACAAUAUGAUUAUAAAAUGUCAAAUGAUUAAAUAUUUUACAUUUGAUUGUAAAAAUGGCGUGUAUAUUUUACCCAAUGAUUAUUAUCAGAA